CAUUUACUAAAAGGAAAAGAACACUUUCACCCCCCUCCCCCACCUCUUUCUCUGUCUCUCAAUUUCCAUCUCCACCCUCCUUUUCCCAGUGGACAAAUGUGGAUGUAAAAAUAUUUGAGCAAAUCUUACAUCUGGUUGGCUGUUUACUCCCUUAUAUACUUAUGCAGAAAAUUGUCUCCACUUCCAAAAUGGAAAAGUCUGCUGGGAGCUAAGGAAGCUUUCUUUGGGUCGGUUGUCAGCGUGAAAUGUGUGCCAGGGGUUUAGGGACACCUCGGAGAGACUGAAGACUUUGCUAAAUUUGCACUGGAAACUGAAAGAACUUCAGAACUCCCGUUCCUGAAACAUCCUGCAUAAUCAGCAAUCACACCAUGGAAAAAGAAUCCACCUAUAACCUGACUGCACCUAGUGUGUCUUUGUUACACCAUAAUAUGACCUCAUGUGACUACAUAUCUACCUCCACCUGGCAGUACCAGAAGAAAGUGAUUCCCGCUAUCUACAGCCUCAUUUUCCUACUGGGUUUUCUUGGGAACAUGCUGGUGGUGUGUGUGUUGUUUCACAGUUCAGGCCGAAGGACUGUAGCCAACACGUAUCUGAUGAAUCUAGCCAUGUCAGACUUACUGUUUCUGAGCUCUUUGCCAUUCUGGGCUGUGUACUAUUCGCUGGAUUACAACUGGGUUUUCGGGAAGGUUAUGUGUAAGCUGUGUGGAGGUCUGGUAACGAUAAACGUCUACGCUAGUAUAUUUUUCAUCACCUGUAUGAGUGUUGAUCGAUAUUAUGCCAUCGUCUACCCACUGCACUCUCAGAGCAGUAGGAGCAUAAAUCGGGCCAGAUGUGUUAGCGGCAUUAUUUGGGUCGUGGCGGCUUUGACAACGUUGCCAACAGUUGUGUUCCGUGACAUACACAUUAUUUCCAGUAACAAUGUUACGGCUUGUGUAAUUUAUUUCCCCAGUUCCUGCUGGCAAACCGGUUUAACUCUUGCUAAGAACACCCUCGGAUUCUUCCUGCCAUUUGUCAUCAUUGCAACCUGCUACAGCCGAAUCGCUGUGCACCUUCUGGCCACCCCAAACUACCUGGAGCAAGACUAUACCCGACUGGUCCAUGUUUUGCGAAUGGUGGUCGCUGUGGUGUUGGUGUUUUUCUUUUGCUGGUUUCCAUUCCAUGUCCUGGCGUUCCUCGGAGCUCUGGGAGAGCUGGGUGUGGAGUGGGAUUGUUGGGUGCUUCAAGCGAUCCAUAAACUCCUGCCAUUCUUCAUCUGCCUCGGCUUUUCCAACUCUGCCAUAAACCCUUUCCUGUACUGUUUUGUGGGAAAUCACUUCCAAGAGAAACUGUGGCAGUUUUAUGGGGAUGUGUUGUCACAGAAAAGAGAUUCUAUCAGCACAAGACUGUCUUCCUUCUCCAGGAAACUGAGUGACCUUAAAGAAACUGUGCCUAUGGAGAUUCUUGAGCAGCAGAACAACCUGUAGUGGAAUCUAGUGAAGCUAAAAACUUUUCUUUUUACUAUUAUUAUAACUGCAGAGUCAUGUCAAUGUCAGCCACGUGCAUUUCCAUAAAGAGAUGAUCAGGUCAGAUGUUUUUGUUGGUUGCUAUUAUUGUGGUUGUUUCACUGUGCCUUAUUUCAAAUUAUGCAGCGGCUGUGAUUUAGCACCAACAUUUGGUUACAAAACAACAUGUAGAACUAUAGCCCACA